AAGCACCUGUCUAUUUUGUUGGCGAGCAAAUAUUGUACUUCAUGCGCAGGCAAGGUUGUACGAAGCACAUGCAAAGGCGUCAAGCGACCAGCUGGAAAAAAAAGAUUUACAGGCCUAUCCUACUUCUAAUUCUACUCAGCAAUCAUGUGGACCCUGGACAAAAUGGAAUGACCCAUUGUAAGUUUUAAACGUAUGUGUGGAUGUGGCCCACUCUGACGAGAUGACGACAGCAAAAAAGGCACUCAAGAUAUUCGCGGGUGGCUUUGUGUUUGGGGUUGGUGGCUCACUCACGUUCUUUGACAAAGUCGGGUACUUUGCCACCGUGGACGGCAAAUCUAUGCAGCCGGUGUUCAAUCCUGUCCACGAGCCAAAACGAGACGUCAUCUUCCUCAACCACUGGGCCAUCAGGGACUACCAGGUGCAGCGAGGGGACAUUGUGUCAUUAGCAUCCCCUAGCCGUCCAGAUGAAGUUCUUAUAAAACGGGUGAUUGCGCUGGAAGGAGACACAAUUAAGACUUUGAGCUACAAGAACCGUUAUGUGACGAUACCGGAGGGCCAUUGCUGGAUAGAGGGAGACCACCACAGUGUCAGCCUCGACAGCAACUACUUCGGACCUGUUGCUCUGGGUCUGGUCCAUGCGCGAGCCUCUCACAUCAUCUGGCCCCCGCAUCGUCAGCAGCGUUUGGAGCCCAGACUCCCCCAGGACCGCCAACCCAUUGGUUUAUCACCAUCCCUGGUAGAGGAGCUACUGGAAGAGUACCAGGAGGUCGAGGACAUGAAUAUAUGAGACUGUGUCCACAAUUGGGUGAUUUGUGGCUGUGGAUUUACUUGCUUGCCAUUGAUGCAUUAUCAGUUAGCCACAGCCAUAAGCAUUGAUGCUAGCUGUUUGGGACACACCCUGAUGCUGCCGAUUAUAUUAGUGACAUCCUUGCCUGAUGCUUUUUUUAUCCAAAGAUACCAGUUGCAAAUUUCAUGGAAGUGCUUGGCUCAAGACUUUAUUAGGCUUAAAAACUACACUAGGCAGGCCUAGUAAAACUGGUCCCAGACCAGUCAGAGUGCACAACAAUUCUAUUUAAUUGAUCCAACCUAAUUCAGGGUAAUCCUAUAUGAUAUUACUUUCUUCACUGGCCUAAAAUCAGUCUAAGUCACCAGUGACUAGCCACUCGGUCAGUCGGUCAGUGAGAGUGGUACAAGGAGGACACUAGCCUGCCCUCUGGGACCAGCAAAAUGUUGGUAAGCAAAAACAGGUGUCCAGCCAAAGUAUCAGGUGGUGUAUACCAUGUACGUGAGUUUUCCUGCUCAUUUUUGCUCAGUACAUAAUGAUUUGCUUAGCCAGAGUUUCUGCGUUCGGAGCUUCCUGUAUUAUGACCCAGAUUGUAGCUGUGAAAUGCAUUACUAGUGAGCUUAUGUAACCGAUCAGUCCAUGUACCGCCCCAAACUGCCCUGCCUGUUACUUCCUGUACCGCCUCAAACCGUCCAAAACCG